AUGCGCGCACUUGCGCUAAAGAACUUUCAAAUCGCAUGUGCCAAGUUGCAGUCCUCAAUUGUGCCAAAUUUGGUAUUGUGUCGUCCGCAGUGGCAUUUUGCCAAGGCAGAAGGUCUGCAAUUGGAGGCACGCGCAGACAACACGGCUGCGCUGGGUGGAUCUUUUGCAGCCUCCCAGGUGAACGGAACUGUUGAAGUGGUGAGUGCAGAGGAGUGCCAGGACAUGGAAGGCAUCGAGGUGGAGGAUGUGCCCCAAAGUUGCGAGAAGGUUGAGAACCAGAGGUUUGAGGACUCGAAAGCUGAUCCAAAUCCUGCGAACGGGAAGCUGAAUUGCAAUCGGCCCCCUCGACGCCGGCGCUGCAACAAGGCGUCGCUGCUUGCGCGGGCAGGCAAAAUGCAAGCCCUGCCGUUGCAGCAGUCCUACCUGACCAUGGGCGGCCGACAGAAGGUGGCAACUCGACGCCGAUGGUUCCAGGCGCGCAAGAAGUCGGUGCGCACACUGAAGGCCACAAACAUCGUAAAGUGCAACGGGACAGCGCUCUAGGACAGGAUCAAAGCUUGAUCAAGGGCCGCGCCGUGUGAGUGCCGCAAGUCCCAUGAAAUGGGAGCGGUGCCAAAUCCUUUGCUGAUCACGGCCGGUGGAAGGUUGAUGAUCUUAGAGCAGGUUCGAUUCGGGGUUUCAUCACUUACUGUGAAC